AUGGCUUCAAUGGCUUGGAUUGUCUUUGGUCCACCUCAUAGCUAUAGAGAAAAAAUCUCAACUUCAUGUACACUCAGUGUUGUUCUUAAUAGUGCAGGGAAUCCUCGUCCGUCAUCAUACAUUUCGUUUUCAGCAAACCAAUGUGGACCAAAUGAGGAGUUCAUGAGUUGCGGUACUGCAUGUGAACCAAAAUGUAAUGAGCCAGCGCCAGAUUUCUGCACACUGCAAUGUAUUGUGAACGUAUGCCAGUGCAAACAGGGCUUCAAACGUGGACCGAAUGGAUGUGUGGCUCCAGGGCCCGGCUGCGAGUAG